UCUGAGAGAUCUUGCCAAAAAAUAUGGACCCCUCAUGCACCUCCAACUUGGUGAAAUUUCAGCAGUGGUUGCAUCCUCCCCAAAGAUGGCCAAGGAAAUAGUGAAAACACAUGAUGUUUCUUUUCUCCAGAGACCCCAUCUUGUUUUUGGUCAAAUGAUAUCCUACGGGGGAUUGGGCAUUGCUUUUGCUCCAUAUGGUGAUCACUGGAGACAAAUGAGGAAAAUGUGUGCCACGGAGCUUCUGAGCACCAAAAGAGUUCAGUCUUUUGCUUCCAUUAGAGAAGACGAGGCAGCAAAGUUUAUCGACUCCAUUCGCGAAUCUGCUGGUUCGCCUAUCAAUCUCACCAGUAGAAUUUUCUCAUUGAUAUGUGCCUCUAUUUCCAGGGUAGCAUUCGGUGGCAUAUACAAGGAGCAAGAUGAGUUUGUUGUGUCUUUGAUCCGAAAAAUCGUAGAAUCCGGGGGAGGAUUCGACCUUGCUGAUGUCUUUCCUUCAAUUCCAUUCUUAUAUUUCCUAACUGGAAAGAUGACCAGAUUGAAGAAGUUGCACAAGCAGGUUGACAAGGUCCUGGAAAACAUCAUCAGAGAGCAUCAAGAAAAGAACAAAAUUGCAAAAGAAGAUGGAGCUGAAUUAGAGGACCAAGAUUUUAUUGAUCUUCUUCUCAGAAUCCAACAAGAUGACACUCUCGACAUCCAAAUGACGACUAACAACAUCAAAGCUUUGAUAUUGGACAUAUUUGCUGCUGGAACUGAUACUUCAGCAUCAACACUAGAGUGGGCUAUGGCAGAAAUGAUGAGAAAUCCAAGAGUGAGGGAGAAAGCACAAGCUGAAUUGAGACAAGCUUUUCGAGAAAAGGAAAUAAUUCAUGAAAGUGAUCUAGAGCAACUUACUUAUUUGAAGUUGGUGAUCAAAGAGACAUUCAGGGUACACCCACCUACUCCUUUAUUGCUCCCUAGAGAAUGCUCUCAACCAACCAUCAUUGAUGGCUAUGAAAUACCUGCCAAAACUAAAGUCAUGGUAAAUGCAUACGCAAUUUGUAAGGAUUCCCAAUAUUGGAUUGAUGCUGAUAGGUUUGUCCCUGAAAGGUUCGAGGGUAGUUCUAUCGAUUUCAAAGGGAAUAACUUUAACUAUCUCCCUUUUGGGGGAGGACGAAGAAUAUGCCCAGGCAUGACAUUGGGUUUAGCUAGCAUUAUGCUUCCACUAGCUCUACUACUGUAUCACUUCAACUGGGAACUCCCAAACAAGAUGAAACCUGAGGAAAUGAAUAUGGAUGAACACUUCGGAUUGGCUAUUGGGAGGAAAAAUGAAUUGCAUUUGAUUCCCAAUGUUAAUUUAUGAUCAUUGAGUA